AUGACAAUAUCCUGUAAAUUUGAAAUCUUGAAUAAAAUAUGUAAAAGUAUUUCUGAUCACGGUCAUAAUUAUAGACCUAACCAAACUGCUUUCAGUGAAAGAAAAAGCUUUAAAUUGAAAUCUACUAAAUAUGGAGCAAAUUAUAGUCAUUUUAUUUAUGAAUAUGUUUUAAUUGAUGAUAGUGGAUCAACAAUUUAUGAAAUAGAUCUUACUGAUAAAUCGUUGAAUGAUGCUAAAGAUUGCUUGUUAAAGAAUUAUUUAAAAGUUGACAUUACUACUUCCAACAAAUAUGGUUAUGUUAAUCUUGACAUAAAAUUUUUAAAGUAUAAAGGAUCAACUCAAUAUAUUGAUCUUUGGCAAAUAUCCGAAACUGAUUUUUUGUUUAAUCUUAAUGAAUCACCAUUAACAAAAAAGAUUAAAAACAAUGAAUUUCAAGUUAUUCUCUAUAAUUACAAUGAUCAGCAAGCAAGGAAACAAGUUGCCAUGGCUGAUGAAAAUUUAUUUUUAUUCCGUAUUGAUUACGAUGAUUUUAAUGAUCGCAAUGAUGAAAAACAACCGAAACAAAUACGAGUAUCAGCAGAUAUUGUAGAUAGAAAAGGAAAUAUUCUGAAAGGUUUCAAUUUGUUAUUGACAAAAGAUGAAAUUAUUUACUUGGAUGUUAUUGAUGGAGUUAAUGGCGACGAUGAUAAGAAAAUGGUUGCGGAAGAGAAAAAUAAUAUUAAUAUUUAUAGCUAUAAAGGUGGUGGCGUUUCUAUUACAAUUCUCAAGAGACGUUUGUAUAUAUAA